UGAAUUAAACUUAAGACUCUUUUAAGUGAUACAAGUGUUUUUUUAAUAAACAAUUCUAAGACUGAUUAUAAAAAUAAAAAAAAAAAAACAUUUUUUUAAAAAACUAAGACUGACUCUAAGCCAAAUUAAUAACGUGCCAAAGAGUUUUUAGUACAACGUAGUGUCAGUAUUAAGCCAUAAAGUGUAAAAAAAAUUUUGUAAUUAAUAAUAAUUAUAAAAAAAUAGACAUCGAAUAGAAUACCAAAGUUAUAGAUACAGUAAUUACGGUAACAAUAAACUAUAAAAAUGUUUUUUGGUGGUAGUACAUUUUCUUACGGACGUAUCAGUCCAACAUCACCCACUAGAUCAAAUAAUUGGACUAGUGUCGUCAGUCCAUUUAAAAAUACGCAGAUGCCCGCAUUGCCUGACAUUUCGCUGAACCAAUCAUGUAUAAAUGGCACAAAUUCAAAGUCGCCGGGCAAAGCCCAUCCGUCUGGCGGCAGAACAAUGAAAGAUUAUGAAGACCAGCUGAGUGCAUUGCAGAAGGAAAAUUUUCAAUUGAAAUUACGGGUUUUUUUUCUCGAAGAACGGAUGGGAAUCGUCGGUCUCGGGACUUCGGAUGAAGACAACAUCAAAAAAAAUAUCGAGCUACAGGUCGAAAAUGAAGCGCUGAAGAAAGAAAUCCAAGAGAAGCAAGAGCUUCUAAGUCAGGCAGCCAGAGCUUUUGAAUUACAUGAGGAGCAGAAAGAAGAAGCCAAUCGGAAUCAAGAAUUGUACGAACAAUCUCUGGAGAAUGAGAGGCAACGAAUAGAACAACUUCAAAGGGAAUUGGAAGAAUACAAAGAAAAAAUGGUCGAUCCGUCGAUUUAUUUCAACGAGACAUUGGGAAUUACUCCAGAGUCAGCUAUCGAGAACAAGGAAAAAUUACUGCAGAUGGAGGAAUUGGUCGAAUCUCUUGAAGCUGAUGUAAAACAAUUAACGGCGAGUUUGGAAGAGGAGAGAUCGUGGGGUCAAGAGUUAGAAACAGAGCGCGACGACUUGCGCAUCAGGGUAGAAGAAGAAAUAAGAUCCCGUGAAAAACUAGCGGCGGACAAAGACCAAGACAUUGAAAGCCUGCGUGAGAAAAUAAAAGAGUUAGAAGAGGAGGCUUUCAAACGCGAGAGUGUCGCCCAGCAGUACAAGACCGAGCUUGCAGAAAAGGAACGUGUGAUAAAAGAAAAAAUUCUUAUGCUCGAAGAAAAAUCUCGCGCCUGCGAAGAACUCGCGGCCAUCGCGGAUAAACGCAAGAAACAAGUCGAUCAAUUGAGAACUUCUGUUAAAUCACGCGACGACGCUCUCGUCGACUCUAAUAACAAAUAUCGCACCCUACUCAAUCAGUUUGAAAACAACCGUCGCCUAUCACCGCCCGGUAGCCCGUCAACAUUAGAAGAUCUCCAGUCAUUUAGAUCCAGUUAUCGAUCAAGUCAAAUCUUAUCCCCAACAAGAUCCUGUAUCAGUCCAUACGACUGGGACAGCGCCAAAGAAAGAAUAAAAUCACCGCUGUCGCUAUCGCUAUCGAAAUCCCCAUCCCAGUCGACUGUAAUUGAUAGAGAAAUAAAGGAUUUGAAAAAGCAAUUAGAAGAACGUGACCAAGAGUUAAGUAAACAAGAAGAUGCCAAGAAACAAUUGGUCUUGAAGCUCUGCAAUGUCCAGCAGUCAAACGAGCAGACGGAAAAAGAACUGCAGAAACUUAAAACCGAUCACGAGAAAGCGCUGACGAUGAUCCGCGAGUUCAUAAACCGGCAGCACCGGCUCGAGGAAAAACAAAAACACAAAGAGCACAAAAUCGCCGAGCUGCAACACGAGCUGAAGAAAAGCUCCGAGUCCUCGAGGACUAAAAAGUCGGGUCACGUUACCGUCAGGAGAGAUCUCGAGUACGAUCUGCCCGACGACUCCGACAGCCAAUCCCACCAGCAACGAUUCGAGGAUAUGGAAACAAAAAUAAAUGAUUUGCGGUACGAGAUAUCCAGCAUCAAAGCUGAAAAAUCCGAGUUAGAGCAGCAGAUUCACCAUGAAUCAGAGGAAUUAAGACAAGAGCUCGGCGUGAAGCAGCAGCAAAUAGAAGUUCUAAUGACUGAGCGAGAUCAAUUGGCCACUUUGCUGAAAGAGCAGCAGGAAAAAAUAGCCGAGCUGCAGAGCGAGUCGUCUGCUCUCGCUCACCUCGAAGAGAUCCACAGCAAGAGCUUGGAAAUAGACUCGCUUAACCGGGAGCUGUCAGUCAAGAACGCCGAGAUCGAGGAGCAGAAUAUUAAAAUCGAGGCACUGGCCCGCGACUUGCAGGUCAAGACCCACAACCUGCAGCAGCUGGUCAACACCGAGCUCUGGAGCAAGAACAAGGAAAUCGCGAAGCUCCACAACCUGACUGCCAACUCCCGGCAAAAGCUGUCCCUCUCCCCGUCGUCUUCGUCGGUAACUCAGGACCCUGGGUCGCAGUUGGAUGUCCUGGUAAAGGAACUAAAUGACCUGGGGAUCGCUGUCAAGUUCGACAACGACUCAGUACAAAUAAAUUAUAUAAAUAAUAAUAAUAAUGACCAGUCGACGGACGUAAAAGUACUCAAGGAAUACGUGACGAAAUUGAUAAAACAAAAGUCCGAUUUGGAAAAAGAAGUCGACUCCCUCACGUGGUUCAAAUUAUUAUCGAAGCCCGAGACCAGUGAUACCAGUUUGCAAAUCGAGUCGCGAAAUGCUCGCGAGUACUGCGAAUUACUUCGUACUCAUUUGAAAGGUCUAGUUAAAUUUAUGAAAGAAAUACUCAAGUCUACGGACUACAACGAGGACGACGAGCACAAAAAAAUAAUAAUUGACUUUCUUGCCAGUUCUAAAAUACUCUCCGAGGACCUGGUGCACGCUCUAGAAGACGUUCCGCUGACUCUGAACGACCUGUGCAUAUGCCAAGAAGGCCAGGAGUUGAUUAAAAGUCAAACCGAAAUGAUCGUCGAGGAAAUAAAGCACCAGGGGAUCCACGAGUCCGCGCAGAGCGACUCGGAAACUUUUUCAGAGCCCGACAGAAUUGUUUCGCUGGCGAGAAUCGGCCUGCAAGACGUCUAUCCCAAAGUCAGAGGCAGGUUGGGACAUGGUAAGUUCAGCAAGAGCUUCAGCGACUCCGAGGACUCGCUAGAUUACGUUCCGUGUCACAAAACUUAUCAGAUGGAUGUUAAUGAAGCGGGAAGCGGGAACCCGGUCCAGGUCCUGCAGGAUACGAAUAACAUUUUGCGGGCUGAGCUGAAUGACCUGAAGAACGAGUUGGCGAAGAGGGCGGACAGUGCGGAGGAUAAACUUCUGCCGAUAAUCAGCAGGCUGGAGAGCUCGCAGAGUUACUGCGAAAAAUUGUACGGGUUGUUUGAGGAAAGGGAGAGAAAGAAUGGGCAGGACGGUAACUAUGGAAAGAAGGACAAGCGGAAGAUGCAAAUGAUGAUGGAGAAGAAGAUGCUGGACAUGGAGAGCAUGGCUGUGGAAAUUGCCAAGCAGAAGAACGAGCUGAUGCAGUACCAAGAAGUCAAUGAGAAGAAAAUUAACGAGAUGAUCUUGACCCUCAAUGCUGAGAACGACGCGCUCAGGGCGAAGCUCAAGAAGCUGGAGGAAGAAAAUGAAACUGCGCGGGGCAGUGUCGGGGCUUUGACCCAGGAUCUGGACCGGCUGACUCUGGCCCACAGUCAGGUGCUGGUGGAAAACACGAAGCUUACUAACGACAAGCUGAGAUUGGAGCAGGAGAUGCGGAAAAUGGAGACGAGGUACGACGCGAGUCUCAGGGGGUUGCAGGAGAAGUUUGAGAAAGAAAUCGCAGAGUUGAGUUGCAUGAAUGAGACCCAUCGGCAGAGGAUGCAGGACCUCGAGGCUGCUAACAAGGAGUUGAGACGGAGGCUGGUUGUUGAGAGCAGCGACUCGGCACCGAGUUCCAGUGGAGUUUCUUCGGUACCGGAGGCCAAGUCUGAUGACAUUCUUCAAGAGUUUCAUUCUUACAGUAGUCACUACUGGCUGCCAAUAAGCUAUCCAUCAUCUGGUCGAAGUAAAUCAAGUUGUUCACCAGAUUUAGGUAUCGAGAGUGACGCCGCCGUAUCAAUAAGACCAUUAAAAGACACAUUAAAAAUUACAGAGUCAAUGUCUAAUUUACUAAGCGACGAAGAAGUUAAUUGCAAUAACCGAACACUGAGAGAUCUAGACCGCGAAAGUCCGCUACAUACUGAAGGUGGACUUAAUUAUAGUCUAGACGAAGUUGAAACACUGAAGCAAGAAAACGAAGCCUUGAAAAAACGUUUGAUGAAAACGAGACGUGCGUUGGAGGACACAUUUGAACAUUUAUCAGCUUCGAAUAAGAACAAAAAAAAUGUCGAGAAAGCAAUAACCAAGCAAUUGAUGAUAACGAAGAGUAUUUUAAAAAAAACUAGAACUUACGAAGAACCUUUUGAAAAGUAAAUUUAUUUAUUAAGUUAAUUACGAUUAUUACUAAAUUUUAAUUAUUGACAUUUUAAUUUUUUUCUUUAUUGUUUGUUUUUAAAUAUUUCGAUUUAUAUUUACAUGACUGACAAUUUAUCGGUACUUAUAUUAAUAUUACGUAUAUAUAUAUGUAUAUGUAUAAAAUUAAAUUAAUGAAUGCUAACAAUUAAGAAAUCGUUAAAACAAAAAUAAAAAAAUAUUUUCAUACGAAAGACAUUUUUUAAAUAAAAAUAAUUAAAUAAAAA